CUCGAACGACUAAGUGCUGGAGCUAAGAGCGCGGAACACGCUUCACAGCGGUGUCGUCAGACUCUCGGUGAUGUGCAGAGGCUGUUGGACAGGCAGGGUUUGACGGAGUUCAAGUUCAAAACGACGAAGCGGUUGAAGAAGGACAGUGAUAAGGAGAAAGCUCCUUCGCAGCCGCAGUUGAGCUCUUUCGCGAAGAUGGUGUUCGACAACACGAAGGUCGAAUUUCGGUACAUGACUCCAGUGUCUCCAGCUCCUGAUGCUAUUGCCGGAAGAGUGAAUGGUCGGGCGGACUCGAAACCGGUGGUGAAGCCGCAGAAGAUUAUCAAAACGAAUCCCGCGGCCGCACAAGUCCAUGUCAAUUCGAAGCAUUCGACUCCAGGACAACAGCAUUCUGGAAAGCCAAUGCCUAAAUCGGCUGCGCAAGUCCACAUUCAUGACCAACGACAGAAGGCGGAUGCCGCAGUCGAGGUUUUGCAGAACCAGUUGCAUGCAAUCUUCGAAGCCCAAGACCACAUGCAGCCGGACACAUCAGAGGAAGUCGCUGCGAGUACGAACUCAAUGUUUGUCAUGCGGGACACUGCAGAGGGCUCGGCUAUGGUACUCCAGGCUACUGCUCAGUCUGCCCUGGACUCUGCCGUGCAGAAAGUCGUCUCGUGCGGAAGACUCGAUACCAUGGACGUGGAACAGCUGGCUCGCGUACAGCGUUUGUGUGAAGCUUCGCUAGCUGUCGUUGGCUCCGGAUCACUUACGAUCGGCGAAGAUUGGAACGAUGACGAUACUAUCGAGUGGCUGAAUCGCAUCAGUGGCGCGGAGAAUGGCCUGAUCGCUGGGCGGACUAUCUUGAGAAUCAUGACCGGUGGAUCCAAGUACAAGGAGUUGCAGUCAGAGGAGUACCUUCGAGGUGUCUUGGAGGCCGCACGGAAUGUCGUCGACAGCUGCAUCAUGCCCACGAUGGAGGAGCGAUCGUCUUUGGGAGAGAAAGUCCGAGGAGACAAGGAUGGCUCAUCGAAUCCAAAGUUUGCGAUCGCCGUGGAGCAUCGAACGAGCUUGCGGAAGUUGAUCAACGCGACGAUCAAAUGUCUACGUCUGCUUGGGGAAUUGCUGGCCAAGACUGAUGUCGACGAAACCGCCAUUUCCAGCAUCGAAUUCCUCUGCAGGUCACUCAUAUUCGCACAGAACAGUGGCACCGAGAAGGAUGCUGCACUCGGGACGCAGGUCAUAGAGAAUAUGCGAGUGGCUGCCAUGGACCUCUUGGCUAUCAUCUUCACCAAAUACGACAAUCAGCGCGCCCACAUUUUGAAUGAGCUACUUCUGUCCGUGGAGAAGCUUCCCGCAGGCAAGCAGAGCGCUCGUCAAUUCAAGCUCAUUGACGCGAAGCCCAUCCAGCUCAUUUCUGCUCUUCUCAUGCGACUUGUGCAGACGAGUGCGACUACCAGUGAGAGUGCUCUGCGGGUGCGGAAAACGAAAGACGAAGUCGAGGACGAGGACGGGUCAGAGUCCGAAGAUUCCGAUGAAUCCGAAGAUGCAGAAUAUGAUGAAGAUGACGAAAUUGUCGUCGGAUCUGCGAAGAAGACAAAGCCCAAGAAAGGCGGUCACGAUUUGGAUGCUACAUACAUGCCUCUGAAGAAAGCCUCUCAGCACCAUGCAGGGUACAUCAUUACGAACCUUCUCCAGCGAGCCCUCAGAACGACCAAGUCCAGCGACGAACCGUUCCGGAAACUUCUGGACAUCUUUACAGAAGACUUUCUGAAUGUCCUCGGCUCGAGUGACUGGCCUUCCGCGGAGGUCCUUCUUCGCAUUCUCACUCACCAGAUGAUUGGGCUUGCCGACAAUGCAAAGAGCCCUGCGCCGUCGCGAGCACUUGCGCUAGAGCUCCUCGGUACGAUUGGCACCGGAAUUCUCGAUAUUCGGGCUGCAACCUUCAGCUCUGGGAGAUCUCUUGAGACCACGGAUGACAUCUCGCGUCAAUUGAGUAAUAUGGUCCGACGAAUGGAGAACGGAAACGGUAGUCUCGACUCGGAUACUCUCAAUUCGUUCGAGGGACCAUACCGGGUGGUCAUGGAAUACCUCCACGAGCGAGACCUCAAAGACCCACAGUUGCGGACUGCGCGCGGAUAUCAUCUCGUGCAGUGGGCGGCUCAGGUCUGUGAGGGAAGAGAUGCCGAGGGCCAUCCCGUGUCGCCGUCCAAGGAUUUGCAGCAUAAGAUUCGGAGCAUGAUUGAGGACACGCAAUGGCUCGAAGAGAACUCUGACUUUCCGAAGCCGACGACCGCACAAGGCAAGCUUGCUGCAAGGAUCGUCGCCUCCAACUCGAUGCUCUGUAAAGCGUUCAACAGGAUCUUCAACACGGUGUUGUCCUCGAUGAGCAGCGAACAACCCACCAUCAGAAGUCGGAGUCUCAAGAGCGUCACGACACUUUUGGAGAAGGAUCCGUCGGUGCUGGAGCACAACCCUGCAGUCCUCAGAGGCAUCCUCCGCUGCCUCAACGACCCGUCCUCUCUGGUUCGCGACUCGGCUCUUGGCCUCGUUCAGAAGUGCGUGUCUCUCCGCCCUGCCCUUGAGCUUGAUGCCUACGAACGUAUCAUCCCCCGCACCGCAGAUACAGCCGUCGGAGUGCGCAAGCGUGCCAUGGCUUUCCUGAAGCAGGUCUAUCUCCGCAAUGACGGCAAUGAGGUUCGGGCGAGGAUCUCCAAUGCGGUCAUCUCUCGCAUCCAGGAUACCGAAGAGAGUGUUGCGGAAGCUGCAAAAGCCACCGUCGAGGAGAUCUGGUUCUCCGCGUUCAGAAAUCUCGAGGUCGGUCACAGUGAUCGCUCGGUUGACACCAACCUCCGGUUGCGGUCCCAUGCUGCCUUGAUUAUUCAAACAGUCGCGCUUGGCGAGAAUGUCGUUGCUGUGCUGGAGGCCUUGAUCAAGAUGCUGUUGAGUACCUCCAAGCAAGCUACAGAGAACUUUCGCAUUUGUCAGGCGUUCGUGGACGUUCUCUCCGACGGAGUCAUCGACAAGGACGACAUUCCCGGUUCUCCCGAGCAGACCUCCAUCAUGCAGGCCCUUGCUGUCUUCGCGCGAGCCGGGCCAGGCCUGUUCACUUCGGCUCAGCUGGAGCGCUUGGAGCCGUACGCAAAGAACCUCAUAACUACUGACGAUCUCGAUGUCUACGUCUUUGUGGUGACUAUCCUCCGGUACACCCUCCCAGUGGUUUCGGACAUCAAACCUGAAUUCCUGCGCGCACUGCAGCUCUCUCUACUGAGUUCGGCCCAAAAGCUGGGGAGGGCAGAAGUGGCCGUCGCUGCGCCGUGCCUUUGGACAAUUGCGUCCAUUCUGCGAGACACUACCCUUCUCGUGCGUUUCGCAAUGUCUGCGCUUGGCAACGUGUCCGGUUUGCGCAGUCAGAAGGUCGACGAUGACCCGAAGAUCAAGAACAAAGCCAUCAAGCUGCUGACCAUUGUGGGUCAAUUCGGCAAGGCAUGCAAUUUCGACGCCAGCAUCGAGCAAUUCCGGCAGAAGUUUCCCACGUUCAAGGGCAACUCCGUGGCUGGCUUGCUGGUCGAAGUCUGCUGCAGCUUCACCGUGCCAAAGUACUCCGCGGAAGUACGCGAGGCUGCCAUCGAAGCGGUUUGUGCUGUCAGUCAGAGCUUCCCUGUGCAUUUCAUGCGUCCGGACGUGGUCAAUGUCAUUCAGACGGUGUUCCAAGAGCGGGAUCCCGCCCUCGAGCAAGUACUGCUGGCCAAUCUGGAGGAUUUCUUUGGUGCGAGGGAGAAGUCAGCCGACGACCAAGACGCUCCGGAGUUAGGUGCUGGCAUGGACAGCGGCACGCAGCGACUUGGAGGAACUUACCAGGCGACUGGGCAUGAUAGUGCCUCGGCGUACAUCUCGCAGCGCUUUCUGAAAGAAUUUCUCCGCAUCGCCUUGUCCUCUUGCUCUGAGGUCGCGCUGUCAGCAGCCCGUAUCGUGGCCAGCAUCAACAGACAGGGUAUUGCUCAUCCUGGUGACAGUGGUCCCGCUGUUGUCGCUUUGCAGACCUGCCCCUCCUCCGCGAUCGCCAAGCUGGCUUUCAUCUCCUACAAAGACCAGUUCGCCAAGAAUGAAAGUGUGCUGGAGAAGACUCUCGUCAAGUCAGUGCAAUCCGCCUUCGACUACCAGAAGCGUGUGGCACAGAGCACUUUGGGAUUCACUGGCCACCCGCCAGUCUCCAAGUUCCACCACGUCUGGGAUGUGCUCAAGACAGGCAAAGGCAAAGUCCGCACGAAGUUCUUUACCAAUCUCUGCGCCGGUCUCGACUUUGAUCCUUCCGAGCUCAAACCCAGCGGCGACGAGGCCAACCCACACCUCCUCUACGUCCGCUUCUGCUCCGAGGUCCUCGCUUUCCUCGAGUACGAUCGCAUCGACGAGCUUCUCCACCUCCUCUCAUGUCUCGAAAAGGUCUUCACCGGAACUGGAACCUCGGUAGCACAGUCGAUAGAAUCGGAAGUGCUCCGUCUACAAGUCCCGGUGCUGUCCCAAUCGCAAUUUCAAGAUCCCACCUCGGACCCUACAACGCUCCCAUCGGAACCUCAAAUCAAACCCGAGCGUCUCGAGCAGCUCACUACAUCCGCACAAAUUCUCUCCGUCUUGUGGGAGACCCGCUCCUUCCUCCGCCGCGUCUGGCUCCUGCAGAAAUUCGGCAAUGGAAAAGGCAAAGCGGCUGCGAAAGAGACGAACCGUGCUCCCAAUCGCGCUACAAACGCUCCUGCUCUGACGGAUGCGUAUCAAGCCCGUAUCGUGGACAUCAUGGCUCCGGUGCUGACUGUGGAGGUGAAGACGCUCGUCUGUAAGGAAUUCGUCGAACUCAUGUCCGUUGACAGCGAAGUCAAGGUCGUAGAUGAUGCCGCGGAGGAAGAUGGGCUGGACGGCGAGAGCUGGGAGGGCGAUGCGAGGAGUGAGGCUGGUGGCAGUGAGCCGGGGAAGAGUCCAAGUAAGAGGGGUACGAAGCGGAAGAGUAUGGAUGGGAAUGGAGGUGGGCCGCCGAAGAAGAGGGGUCGGCCGAGGAAGAAUAGUGGUGCGGGGAGGGGAAAGAGUUUGAGUGAUGAUGAGGAUGGUGGAUGGGAUUGA